CAAACGUUUAACCAUACAUCACCAAGCGCUUCAAUACAAAUCUUAAAGAUUUCAUAAAAAGUUAGUAUACAUUGUUUUUUAUUUAGAUUCUAUAUCCCAUCAUGCAGACCGAAGUUGCUUUACCAUCACCUGUGUAUUUUGCUGUUGGCCCCCAACCCCAUGAGGUUUCUUGUCCAUUUUGUAAACAAUAUAGCAAAACAACCAUGAAACGUUCCUUCUUUCGCUGCUGUUUACGCCGCCAUUAUUGCUCCCACUGUGAUGAAUAUUUCGGUUCUUAUAGACGUCCUCAGUUGUAGUCUUAAAGUGUGAAUAUAAAUUUAUUUAAAUUAUCUUGUUAAUUGUUUCAUUUAAAUUUAAACUAUGGAAAUUAUAAUAAUAAUAAUAAUAAAUUUU